AUGGCAACUGAUCAGGCGUGCUUCUCAACGCCCACCAGAAACAAUAUUAAUUCAAUACCAGGCACGCCGAAUAAACGAGAUAGAAGCUGCUUGGAGAUUGAUAUAAAUGUGACACCUUCUAAAGCUCCACGUUUGAUGCAACCUGUAGCGAAAUCGAAGCUAGAAGCGCUCAGGAUGCGAUCGCUUAUUUCCCGUGCUGGUCACGAUCACGAAGAAAUGAGCCCCACUGAUAGCGACCUUUCGUCAUAUUCGGAUACGGGAUCCAUAAGUCCCUUGAGCGAUGCAUCGUCGCUUCCUUCAUCAUCGCCAGAGAUGGGCUACCUCGAUGUUUUCCAUACUAAAUCUGUACUAACCAAAGAAACUAUUGAAUUGAACAGAAUAAUAGCGGCCACAAUGAGGCAUGAACCUUGUCACCGGCAAAAAUCCCCGCCACGGCCGAUACUUACGUCGAAUUCCAAGACUUUGAACCUACUGGUGAGCUCUUCGCGCGGGUCGCUGGAAGAUGCGACCAUCUAUGCUACAGAAAUCAAUGCCAUUACAGCAAGUUCCGAUGGGAGCAAAAUACCGAUGGUGAAGAACGUAUGUGAGAGAGUGACUAUCCCUGUGAAUCCCUCGAUCAAACGUAAGCACAAGUUGUUGAAAGAAGCGCUGUUGGGCGGAGAUUACAAUGUCAAUGAAGCGGAAUCUGAAAUCCCAGAUGCCGCACUGAUCGAAGGGUUUGAGUUUAAGAGUGCGCAUGCGAGGUCGGGAACCAAGAAGCAACUCAAAAAGAUUAGGUGGGCUGAUGAGCUCAUUGUUUGA